GCUGGAGCGGGGGCAGCCGCCCAGCCGGGGAGCGGGGAUGGGCGCUUGAAAGGGGAGUCUGUGGGCGAAGGAGGGAGAGCGGGACAAGUGGCUGGGUUGAGCGUGCCCCGCUGGCGCAGGCUUCCCGGCAGGGACCUUUGGGGCGCGGCUCAGCCCGGCGGGAGAGCGCCCAGCAUGGAGCCCGUUACCAAGUGGAGCCCAAAGCAAGUCGUGGACUGGACCAAAGGGUUCACUUGGAUAUAGUAAGAUGGAUCAAAAUGUUCUGUUGGCAUCACGCUGACUUGAAGCUAUGAUUACUGUCCCUGUGAAGAGAAAGUUUCCCAUUGAUCAGAAGCCCUCACUUAAGCAUCUUAAUGCUGAUUGAGCUGCAUAGCUGUGGUCAGUUCUUGGCAACUUUGUCUGAAGAGCAAGCAGAUUUGGAAGCCAUGCUACUGUUUUGUUAUUGGAUGACAUGGGUAAUUUCAGCAUUUGCUUGGAUGAUUGCCUGCAGCAGUAUGUCCCCAAAUUUGAACGGGAGAAGAUAAAUGGUGAACAGCUGUUACAGAUUUCACAUCAAGAUCUUGAAGAGUUGGGUAUCUCACGAAUUGGACACCAGGAACUGGUUCUGGAGGCGGUGGAUCUUCUCUGUGCACUGAAUUAUGGCCUUGAAACAGACAAUAUGAAGAACUUGGUUCUCAAAUUGCGAGCUUCUUCCAACAACCUGCAGAAUUGCAUCAGCAGCCGGAGGAAAAAUUCGAAUUAUGAUGGAAAAACCUCACACAAACCCCCCAAUGAAUUCCUCACCUCAGUGGUGGAGCUCAUUGGUGCUGCUAAGGCCUUGCUAGCAUGGUUGGACAGGGCCCCAUUUACAGGGAUUGCUGACUUCUCAGCGACAAAGAACAGAAUCAUUCAGCUCUGCUUGGAUCUCACUACCACAGUUCAGAAGGAUUGCACUGUGGCUGAAAUGGAAGACAAAGUUCUACAUGUAUCCAAGAUUUUAAAUGGAAUUUGUGAUAAGAUGAUCAGAUCAACUACAGAUCCGUUGAUGAGCCAAAGUGCAUGUCUGGAGGAGGUUCAUUUAACCAACAUUAAACCUGGGGAAGGCCUGGGAAUGUAUAUCAAAUCAACUUAUGAUGGAUUGCAUGUAAUUACUGGAACUACAGAAAAUUGCUUCAGAAUUGAUUCCUUGAGGACCUGCUCCAUGAUUUUUCCAAGGACUGAGUCCCCCGCUGAUCGAUCUCAAAAGAUUCAUGCUGGUGAUGAGGUGAUCCAGGUUAAUCAUCAGACUGUAGUGGGAUGGCAACUAAAAAACCUUGUGGGAAAGUUGCGAGAGAAUCCUGCUGGAGUUAAACUGCUACUUAAGAAACGUCCUACAGGCUCUUUUAAUUUUACUCCGGCCCCACUGAAGAACCUACGCUGGAAACCACCACUUGUACAGACCAGUCCUCCACCAACUACAACUCAGUCACCAGAAAGCACCAUGGAUACCUCGAUGAAGAAAGAGAAGCCAGCCAUCCUGGACCUCUAUAUACCUCCACCACCAGCUGUUCCAUAUUCUCCUCGGGAUGAGAAGGAGUGUCUCGUUUAUGGAGGAGGUAAUAAACCUAAGCAGCCAUUACCUGGCUCCAAGGGCGCAGAGUCUCCUAAUUCUUUCCUCGAUCAGGAAAGCCGAAGGCGAAGGUUUACUAUUGCGGAUUCUGAUCAGUUGCCUGGAUAUCCCAUGGAAGCAAAUAUACUGCCAACAAAGAUGAGAGAAAAAACACAGUCUUAUGGAAAACCUCGUCCUCUGUCAAUGCCUGCAGAUGGGAGCUGGCUGGGAGCUGCAGAUCCUUUCUUGAGGCCCCGAGCACAAGGAAGAAAAGGUGAAGAUGUCCUCUGCAGGUACUUCAGUAAUGAGAGGAUACCCCCAAUCAUUGAAGAAAGUUCCUCCUCGCAGCAGCAUUUUGCAAGGCCAGUGGCUGACAGGCAGUUAGUGAGGGGCGCAGACUACAUUAGAGGCAGCAGGUGCUUUGUGAAUACAGAUCUUCAUAACAGUGCAACCAUCCCUUUCCAGGAGGAAGGAGCUAAAAAACUCUCUGUUACAUCACCCACAAAAUCUUCCUCCACAGAGCCCUCACUACUGGUCAGUUGGAUCACAAGACUUAAACUGUUGACUCACUGAUUGUUUAAUGGAAUGUGUUCUCAUCUUCUGUUACCAAGUGCCUUUGUUUCUCAGUCAGACUUCUUGCUUUUCAGCUACAGUAUUACAUAGUGACUGAUAUGUUGAUCUAUUCCUGGAGAGUUGUACACACCUCCCCUUUUUUGAGUGUGAUUUUUGAUGGCUCUAAUGUACUGGAACAGAGAGGAUUGGAUAACGUGAGAUGGAAGUGGGAUAAAGGUCUAGUUUCUUUUUCCUGCCCCAAAGUUGAGGGAAUUCAUUCCUCUGGAAACAAGUAAGGCUCCAGUGAAUCAGAGGUCACAUCUGAUCUGAAAUCCGUAUGACCUGUGCAGAAGCAAUCGUUGCAUUACAAUGAGGUCCAGUGGCACUUCAUUUGCUAAAAUGCUCUGAUGCUGCGCAACCUACUGGGUUGCCGAAAACGUAGGGCUCAGCGAAAAUCCAGAGCUAUUCUCCUGACCAGAAAGGCAAGAGGGGAAACAUCUAUUUUGUAUAAUAAUGUGGGGUUGUGGCAAGUACUGCUGCAGCUUUAACUUUGUAAGGAAUAAAGGUAGCUUCUUCUCUGUGAUAACCAGAGAACUGUGUUAGGAAUAUAUUAAACCUGGUUUAUAAUCCAGUUAUUGAGAUCUCAGUACAGGCAAACUAGUGUUCUCUGACUUGCUGCAGUGCUCAUCCAUAAAGAUGUGGAUUGCUACAACAUGACAAGGAAGUGCAUCUCUAGAGGUGGUAAAAGAAAUGAUUUUUUUCCUUCAUUGUUUAAGAAUGAUUUGCUGUUAACCAAAGUAUCCAUAUAAAAACAAACCCUGCUGGUUUUAUGGAACCUCUACAGUGGUUCAGUUUUUGAAUGGAUAGAUCUGUGUUUUCAGAAAGAAAAAUAUGCUGUGAUACAUUACAGUAGUAAGACACCUGGCUAUUUUUAAAUGUAGCUCCAGUUUUUCACCUUUAAAAGUCUCAAGCAGCAUCUGGUUUUUGGGAAGGGGGAAAAAGCUUGUAAAAUUAUGGUUAUUAAAGAAUCUUUGUUUAAAACUGAAUGUACAAGAGGUUGUUAGUAUGCAAAAAAGUGUUUAAUUUAAGUGUUAAAUAUAGCUGUAUAUUUUUUUUAUUCUUAACCAGAUGUAGUUUGUACAUUCCUAUCUACAGCACUGUGCACUAAUUAACCAGUGCCAAAAAACAAAUACUGUCAUGUUCUCCAUUCCAUCAACUGCCAAAUGCUGCACUGGGUGAUCUUGCAGUAAUGACAGUCUCCUGUGUUCCAUCUACAUUAAAGAAAAGAAAAACACUUUAA